AUGGCCAGAACCAAUGAAAGACAUUCUAUUUCGAAUGAGAGGUCCGAGAAGAGGACUGUGGUCAUUGAAAGAUUCCAUGAAGGUAGCAGAGACAGUACCGAGCCUGAUAUUAUAGUUGAUGAGUGUGAAAGGCCAGCGUCAGUGAUCACAGAGACAUCAACGUCCGGUCCACAGUGGUUGCUGUCCAUACUAUGUGAGCAAGAAACCCCUGAAACAAAGGCUGGAAUAGAUAAAGUUCCAACAAUUCUGCGGGACAUUGAAAAACACAAGGAUUGCUUUGAUCCCAUGGUGGUAUCGAUUGGUCCUUAUCACAAACGGGACAAAGAUAAAGAUGGGAAGCCAAAGUUUGAUAGAGUGGAGAAGCUCAAGGCUUCAAUAGCAAAGGAGUUCAUUGGUGGAGACAGUAAAAAAUUAUUGAAAUUUGACGAGGUUUCUCGCAAUGCAAGGGCAUAUUAUGAAAAGACUUCGACAGCAGAUUUCAGUGAUGAUCAAUUCACAAGCAUGAUGUUCCUGGACGGUUGUUUUGUUCUCCAUUUCAUUGAUUGUUUACUAAAUCAGAAGUCUGGUGAUACAAAGAUGAAGACCGAUCAAAUAGCUUUCGUAUUAAGGGACUUGUUCUUGCUGGAGAAUCAACUGCCCUUUCUGGUUCUUCAGGCAUUGAUGAGCUUCAAACACAGUGAAAAUGAAUGGCUAGUUCUCAUCCACAAAUUUGUAAAGAUACCACUUAGGCUCCAAAACAGAACAUCUCCAGAGAGGGAUGACAAACCUGCUCACCUCCUUGACCUACUCCGCAAGAAGCUCAUUGAAAUGCGUAAUGAUGAUUGGCACUCAUUUCGUUCAGUCAUUGAGCUUAAGAAAGCAGGGAUCAAGUGCAAGAAGAUCAAUGGUGGGAGCUUAAGAGAUAUUAAGUUUGAAGAUCGUUUUAUCAGUGGAGAUCUGUUCCUUCCUCAACUUUUCAUUGAUGAUUCAACAAAGCCUAUACUCUUGAACUUGGUAGCAUAUGAAGCAAGCCCUGAUGGUCCCAGUGACUAUGUGGUUGCUUCGUACAUUGUUUUACUGGAUGCACUUAUUGAUCAUCCUGAAGAUGUGAAGGAGCUGAGAUCUAAGGGUAUACUCCAAAAUUUACUUGGCAGUGACCAACAAGUGGCUGAUCUUUUCAAUGAAUUGUCAAUCAACUUGGUGCCAAGUUCAUCAGAAUAUCUUGAAGUUAAGAGAAAGAUUGAGAAGUACAACAAGAACAAGAUUUCUAUAUGGAUGACUGACUUUCGGCGGACACAUUUCAGUAGCCCCUGGACUAUUGUUGCCUUCUUUGUUGCAGGAAGUAUUAUCCUUCUCACCUUUGCUCAAACCUACUUUUCCAUAUUCCCCAGAGGCGACGAUGAAGGAGAACGGAAAGCUCCAACUCCCUCGAGGAAAAUUUACUACACUUAAUCAUGAUGCAACAACAAAUACAGAAGAGAUUGGCUAGUAUUUUGGUCACCACAAAAUAAAAUUCUCAAGCUCUCCAUAUGGUGUGCUCUUGGCUUAGGUCUGUUUGAAACUUUUUCCAGCCAUUGAAAGUACUUCUUUAUCUUCUCACUUGCAUGGAU